AUGCUUAGCUCUCUUUCUUUCUCCCUCUCUUUCUUUCUCUCUUUCUUUCUCUCUUACACUCUCGUUGCUUCCCUACCAUCACACACCAAUUUUCUCUCUUUUUUCUUUCUUUCUUUCUUUCUUUCUUUCUUUCUUUCUUUCUUUCUUUCUUUCUUUCUUUCCACCCUUCUGACAUCUACUCUUUUUGAAUACUCUUUCUUUCCUUUCUCUCUUACCUCUCGCCCUAAUAUCCACACCAAUUUUCUCUUUUUCUUUCUUUCUUUCUUUCUUUCUUUCUUUCUAAGAAUUCUUUCUUUCUUUCUUUCUUUCUUUCUUUCUCACUUCUCGCUCUCCUUCACCAGCCCUCUUUCUUUCUUUCUUUCUUUCUUUCUUUUUUUUCUUUCGUCUUUCCCUUUCUAUCGCACUCCAAUUUUCUCUUUUUUCUUUUUUCUUUCUUUCUUUCUUUCUUUCUUUCUUUCUUUCUUUUCUUUCUUUCUUUCUCUUUCUCUCUUACGCUCUCCUUCCCUAAUACCAGCCCUUUUUUCUUUCUUUCUGUUCUUUCUUUCUUUCUUUCUUUCUUUCUUUCUUUCUUUCUCUCUUUCUCACUCGACGCUCUCCUUCUCUCGCACACCAUUUUUCUUUCUUUCUUUCUUUCUUUCUUUCUUUCUUUCUUUCUUUCUUUCUUUCUUUUAG